GGCACUAUUGAGGAAACCCAAUAGACUGUUUUUUCCGAAGAGGCAAAGAAGAAUCAACCCACGUGAGGUGUUUUUCAGCAGCAUGGGGGCUCCAGGAGGAAAGAUCAACAGACCAAAAACCGAAUUGGGAAAAAAGCUUUUUAAGCGGCGGCGAGUUUUGGGUCGAGAAAAAAGAAAGAAACACAAGAUCGUGGGAGCUGUGGUCGAUGAAGGGCUUAUCACUAUCCAUCACCUGAAGAAGAGAAAGUCAAGUCCAAGAGCAAACAUCACAUUGUCUGGAAAGAAGAGAAGAAAGCUGCUCAAACAACUGGGUCACAUGGAGAAGGAGAAAGCGACUAUGGAAGUUGAAAUAGUUGAAGAAUCACAGAAAAAAAAACCUGCUGUUCAAAGCAAGAAGACAAAGACAAAGAAGACCACUGUGGCUCAGGAGGAUGUGGAAAUGGCAGACACAGAGUGAAUGUGCAACACUUGUCCACAAGGGUUCCUUCUACUGUCUGUUUCUUAUGCAAGCAGUAAUUUUGAUGUUUGAUCUUUCUUCUCCAGGACAUUUGAGGACACACAAACAUGGUCAAUUAUAGUGUGUGCUUAUGUGUUAAUAAUGGAAUCUGUACGGUAAAUAACAGUUUUUGCAUGCAUUAUGCAAUAGUAAACACAUGUAUAUAAAGCAAUUUUCCAUAAUGUAUUAUUAUUAUUACAAACAUUAUUAUGAACACUUGUUUGUUUGUUGCCUCCCCAACAUAAUUUUGCAGCUUUUGUUUACCAUGUGGAAUUAAAGUUGUUCUCAGCCCUA